GUCGCGUAAGACUCGCGUGUGAAUCGCGCGAAAGCAAUCUCGAAGAUGUGAGUCGUCCACUUAUCGUCGGAUCGUCGUUACGAUUAGUUUAGUCUCGCGACGAGGCCAGACCCCUUCGAGAUGAACGUGAAUGUGCACGUCCUUAUCACGUGCUUCCUGCUUGUCACAUUAAUGGCUCUUACGGACGGACAGCUAAUGUCAAAAGAGCAUCGGACCCACGCGGCUUCUGAAAGAGCCAACGACUUAUGGUGUUAUCAGUGCUUCACUAUGGAUCACGGUGAGAAAUGUAUCACUGGCAAUGGUGGCAAUUUCAGUGAAUACGAGCACAAAUGCAUGGACGACAGAAGAAUCUGCAUGGUAAGGCGAUUUUCCUACACCACCAGCACUGAGAACUCGACUUCCAGUCCGAAGACGUGGUCCCUCCAGAGAAAUUGCACGAACAAAUGCGAGCCCGGAUGCAUCGUGAUCGGCGAACGCACCAAGCUCUAUGCCUGUACCGCCUGUUGCGAGACUAAUCUAUGCAACAACGGCACCGGCACUGCCAACGACCUAACGAUCAAAGAAAUUGAUCUCCUGCUAGCUCUCUUGCUCCAAGCUGUCUUGACUGUUAUCAUGUAUCCGUCCUGACAGUGUCAAUAAAUAAUCACAGUAAUCCCCCCACAACAA